AAUGAUUAAUUUGUGGUGUGUUUUGAUGCAGGUGUAAUCAUCAUCGGUUAUAGACAGUGUAAAGAUUUUGAUAAAAUCCUAAGAGAUGAGUCAGAGGAUUCAUCUACUUGUUAUCAUUCUACUUUGCUUCUUGUUAAGGUGCGAGUCAUGGGGUUGGUUUUCAUCAGCUAAUAAAGGUACUCACUCUAAAGAGGGACCUUAUGACAAUAACAGAGGCAUCUCUAGAGGCUCUAGUGCUGAAUUCUCCGUUGAGGGCUUCAACGACCGGAAGGGAUUGAAGUUGGUGGAGAAUGCUAGGAAGAAAAUGGUUGGCACAAACACUUGUUGGCAAAGAGCUUAUCAGCACCUUUUCGCAGGAUGUUCCGAGAUUCUGGCUUCCGAGGAUAAGCGGUCUAGACUUGCUUGGCAUCUCAGUGAUUGCUUUCAAAGAGACUCUGGCAGGCCUUCUUUUCCGCAUUGCGACGAGAAAUCCUCCAUGACCGUAUGCCUAAGAGCCUUAGAUGACAUUGCUCAUAAGGUCUACCUUGAAUUCUACCUUGAAACCAACACUAUUUGUCAUCAGUUACAGGCGUAUGCAUUCAAACAUGAAACAGAGAGGCUUGUGACUGAACUAAAAAGUUCAGCUCAAUAUGUGGAGGACAAAUUAGAUAGCAUUGAUGAGAAAUCAGAACAUCUAUUGCAAGGAUCUAAGCAUAUCGUGGAUUCCAUGAACUUCAUAGAUAUUCACACCCAACAAGUUGCUCAAACUGCUAAGAACUUGCAAGAUCAUAUAGGCAUUGUGUUAAGGCAUUCGGAGAGUGUAUACGACCAGACUAAGAAGAUUGAAGCCUCCCAAUUGCAAUUGAAAGAAGGACAAGAGGAUAUGAAGAGGAGUUUGGAGGAUGGAGUAGCAUUGCUCAAAGAAUCUUACGGUUAUUUGGGUCAAGAAAUAGGCAAGUUAAGAGAUGAAGCCAUUGUGAUUGAGCAUGAGGUAACUAAAGUUGGAGAUGCAAUGGCAUUAAAGAUGAGUAACUUACAAAGCAAAGCUGAGGACAUUGGAAACAUGGCUGGGGUUUCUUUAGAAAAGCAACAACAACUUCUACAUGGGCAAUCUACAGCACUUGAAGGUUUGAAUUCUUUAUCUGAAUUUCAAUCCAAAGCACUAGAGGAGAGCAGGAAAACCUUGCAGUAUUUUACUGAAUAUGGGCAUAGACAGCAUGAGGAGCUGCUUCAGAAACAAGAACAGAUACAAGGACUUCAUGAUCGUUUAAUGGAAAAUUCAAAAUCAAUAUUGUCUGCUCAGGAAUCUUUUGAGUCAAAACAAGCUACCAUGUUUAUUGCUCUAGACAAGCUUUUUGCUUUGCAAAAUGCUAUGCUGGUUGAAUCACGAGUGAUUAAAGCUUUCUUCAUUUAUUCCAUAUCAAUCUUUGUGAUCUAUAUGUUGACUAGUACAAAGCAAACAUACAAUGUCAGGCCAUGGCUAUAUAUUGGGCUUUGUGCUACUUUCUUUAUCGAAGUAACCAUUAUUCGUUACACCAAUGAUAAUAUGGAGCAACAAACAUGGAUAAUAAACACAACCCGGUUAUUGUUCAUGAUAGCUGCCUCAGUUCAUCUUCUAUACGCCAUUUGCACAUACAGGGACUAUGAAAUGUUAAACCAUCAAAUGCUACUCACUCUCAUGAACAAGCUUAACAACAUGCAAGCACAAAAGGGGUUGCCAUGGGACAUGCAUACUGAUUAUGUUGAAUGGACAGAGUGGGUAGAUGCUGAUUUACCCCAUGACGUCAAUUGCCUUGAUGAUUCUGACUAUGUACUUCCAGAAGAAGUUGCAGAGAAUUCGAUCACAUCGUCGACAAAGACAAAAAGUUAUAAUCUACGCCCACGCAACCAGUCGCGUUGAUGGAUAGUUUAGAAACAGAACAUUUAAACUGUGCGCUAGCUGUUUUGUUCUAUUAAUUUGUUCCAUAACUCUGAAUUAUGUUAUAGUGUAUGUGUAAUUUAUAUUGGAGAUACUACCAUAAGAAUUUUAUAAUUGUUUUUAUAUGAAAAUGUUUUUAUUAU